AACUUUUAAGGACGGCAAGGGGUGUUUGCUACAUCCAGAAAUGGCACGCAUACAUAUAACUCUAUACAGUUUGUUACAGCAGCAUUUUAGGCACUUAAAACUCAACAUUGACUAAGAUUACAGUUUGGUUUUCAAUAAAAUUAAAUUGUAUAACUUUGUACAUAAUUAUGAAACUUCAUUUCUCACUAUUUUGAAACAAGAAUAUAUUUGUGUGCACAAUACUUAAAUGUAUACUGUGCAUGCUUAAUUUCAUAUACUAGUGGAUCUGCCAUUCUCCUGUCAACAUGACAUCUAAUUCCAGAAAUGAACAUGUUAAUAGUGUAAAAGCAAUUAAUAGGUGCAGGUGGCUCAAGGGCUAAUUAUAUAAAUGAUCAAAAUAUAAUAGAUAAGAACAUGAUAACACCAAUUGUGUGCCUUUGGUGGAUUAUGCUUACCUUAGCAUCCAAUAUAUAAAAAAAAAGCCCUCAUCAUUUAAGUAUUUAUUGAGCCUUCCCUUAAACUAUUCCCUAAAAUAUUCCUCAUAGCCAGCAAAACUCAAGAUUAUAUCUUCAACAAGUGAUGUUGUUAAGGUAAUUAGUCCAAGACUGAACACACUAUUUCAAAUAAGGUCUAACCAGUGAUCUGUAAGAUGAAAUGAUAGCCUUAUUUGACUUGUAUUCAAUAUUUCUGUAAAUACAGACCAAACUUCUGUUUGCUCUUUCACCAUGAAACAGCUAGUGCACUGUUGAAAUUGUGUAAUAGACUGAUCAGUCAAAUCUCCAAGAUUCUUUUCAUCCAUAGCACUGGUAAGGUUAUUCCCAUCAAACUUAUAAUUUCAAAUCUGCUAGUUAUUUGCCCAACUUAUUAAUUGAUCAAAAUCCUUUCAUAAAGCAGUAGCAUUCUCCUCAUAGCCAGCAAAACUCAAGAUUAUAUCUUCAACAAAUUUAGAAAAUGAAGAAAAGAACUCCACCUCAUGCUUCAGAAGUUACAGAUUUGCCAGUAAAGAAGAAAAGAACAGGAAAAGAACACAAAUUCUCUGCAAUGAAAAAUGAAGAUGAGUUGUUUGCACCUAUUUAUAGUGAUGAACUCGAUCUUAAAAAAGAAAUGCACCCCCUGCAACAUUAUGUCGAUGACAGUGGCCAGCUAGUAGAGGAACUUUUUAGUGCAAUUCGUGGACCAUCACUUAAAAAACUUUUGCCACCUAUUUUAAAGAAAUGUCCAAUAGAAGAGUUGAAGUUGCUAUGUAAGGAACAACUAGAAGUGAUGUCUAAGAAAUGUAUUCUCCAUAUUUUAUCUUCUGAAGAAAUGGUUUCUUCAUUGGGUACUGAAAAAGAAAAUAUCAAGGAACAAGAAGGCACAGAAGAAGAAAAUAUUAAAGAACCUGAAGAAUUUGCAUCAAAGAAUAAAUUUGUUGGAGAAGUACAGGCAGCUGAUUCUACAAGCGAUGGACCCAUUUUAAGUAAGACAGGUUUACAGGGGCCAUCAGACAAUGAAAAUGAAGUUGGUAUUAUUGUAAAUGGAGAAGUGGUUGAUAUGUGUGUGGACCAAGAGGAAGUUGACAACUUAAUCUUUGGAGAAAGAAAUAAGAAGACAAAAUCAUCCCCUGAAAAAAAAAGUUGUGUUAAUCAGUAUCGAAAGAUGAAAGUGCCAGGUAAAGGGAAACAACUUAAAGAAACUAAUGAUGCUGCCAAAUGUACAUCAGGUAUCAGUAGUACUGCUGUCUCAACAACUCAGAUUGAAGAACAUGAUCCUGCUGCUCUCUCAACAGCUGAUAAUCCAGGCUGGUUGAGUGUUUUCACUAAAACUCAGAUGGAGAUCUUAGAACUAGAAAUGCGGGCUCGUGCCAUCAAAGCGCUCAUGCGAGCUCAAGGACUUGAACAGGAAGAGGAGGAGCAUCGAAAUGAAGAAGUAAAUCUGGAUGUUCCUUUAGACAUGAAGGGAAUCAAAAACAAGAAAAGACAUAAAAGAAAACAUAUUUCUUCUGAUUCAAAGAAGAAAUUUCCAAAUAUUACCUGCCAAACAACUGAAACUAGUGUACCAGCAAAUAAAGAAGAAAACAAAGUUGAGGAUGAUAAUAUUCCUAACGAAAAUGAAAUUUUUGGCUCAAGUAAAGCAAAUUCUAAAUCAAAAGAAAGAAACAAACAGACACAGUGUAAUGAUUAUAGUAACAGCUGUGAAGUGAAGGAACAGUGUUUGGUUAACACAGAACAAAAUAUGAGAUCUGAUAAACCAGAUUCUUUUGAAUCAGAUCACCUUGUCAUAACUCAGUCAGAAAAUACAACCAGUAAAUUUUUUUCUCAUAAGACCUCUUCCUCCUUGUGCAAAAAGGAAGAAAAAAUUAGUAUAAAACACACUUCUGAGGGUAAAAAUUCAAGUGAAGAAUUCGAGAAAAAUAAAGUGUUUGAGAACCCACAUGAAAAAAGUAAUCUUGAAGUAAGAGAUGAAAAAGAAUUUGAUAUUCAGAAGUUGCAAAAAGAGAGAAAUGUUGAUCAUUCGAUUACAAGCGAUGGAAUACAUCAUAAAGAAGGUGUAUCAUAUGAAGACAGUGGGGAAAAUAUUUAAAAGUUGUUAAACCACUAAUCUUGAAUAUUUAGAUAAUCAAGUACAUGCAUUAAAAACAAACAUGUACUAACUGACACCAAAGUUUGUAGCCAAGUGAGAAAAAUUAUUGAAUGUAAAGAAACUGAUGAUAUUAAAAAAAUUAGAUAAAAAUAGUCCUAAUGCAAUAACUGAAAAAAAUUGGAGUACCUACAACAAAUUUGAAAAAUAAUGAUAAAUAGUGGAGAAAGAGGACAAGACAAAAAAUAAUAAUUGCACUGGAAUAAUAAAAAUACCGUAGAAAAAUAAAACGAGCAAAAAUUAUUUCAGGUUCAUAGUAUUCAAAGAUUAAAAACUUUCAAGGUGUGUAAAAAAAACAAACAUAAUGAGUUACAGAUUAUUAAUGGUAAGAAGUGGGAGUGACUGUGUAACUUUCUAUUACGUGUAGCUCAGAAAAACGAUUAUGCUUAAGUCUAUCUUUUAGCCUUGUGUUGAGAAAACCAUAAAUACUACUUAAUAUCUGUUUCACGUUUAGCAAGUAACCUGUAUUUAAGUGUACCCAGGAAAUGUAUAAAAGAAUAUGGUAAUUGUGAAUGAAACAAGUUAAAGUGCUGCCAUCUCGUAACACGUGUAUGAACCUUAAGUUCAACAUUAUUACUAGAUGUUGAAAUAAAACGUAUCUCAUGAGAUUUGA